AUGGCAUUCAAACAGCAUCCCGAUUUUAACGCCCUCUUCGACGCGAAUCAAAGAUCCACAGCCACCACUCAAACAAAUACGGCCAAAUUGACACUUGGACUUAUUUUGGUGCGCAUCAUUCAUAAGCCGACAUUCUUGGAGGAGAUGCAAGAGUACUAUCUACAAGUUGGACAGGAUAAUGGGGUUGAGAAAAUAUCAACAGCAGCAUUCGAGGCGCUUCUCUUUGUAGUGUUAUUCAGCGCUCUCACCAGCUUAUCCGAGCAGGAGCACUGGGACCCGUCACCUCCAGGUCGGGACACUGCCCCUGGGCAGCUCAAGCAGGGCUGCUUACAAGCCCUUCGGUUUGCCAUCGAACAGAGUCUGGUCCGAUCUGAGCUCCAUGAAAGGCCUAGCCUCCACUCAAUCUCGGCUUGCUGUCUCUUUUUGUUCGUCACAUGUGACGAAACCGAUGUCCCAUACCAUUAUUGCUUAACUGGUCUGUUACUACGUGUGGCGCGAUCAUACUCUCUCCAUGUAGACCCAGAGGCAUUGGCAGGCCGGAGGCGAAUACAAAAACCAGCACGAGCUUCACUCAGUGCUGUCGUUAACGAAGUUCGCCGACGACUUUGGCACGUCAUUGUACAUCUCGACUUCAUGUCUAGCGAAGCACGUGGCGUAUAUCCUGAACCCGUUGGAAUCCAAACUUGGCCUGCCACGCUUGCCACUGCGUUACCGGGGAACAUGAAUGACGAGGAUAUCGUUCGAAGCGCACGGGAAGAUAACAAUAACGAGGGUUUCACCGAUAUGACAAUGUCUCUCGUUCGCUACCAACUUUCCCUCGGCCUGAGACAGCUAGUGACAAACCCCGUUCCCCCAGCUGGCUCUGACACGAUCCAGGAGUGUCUCGAUAGAACAGUGGAGAUAGUCGAGAGACAGUACCUACAGUUCUGUCAUACUAGCGAUCAUAUCCAGAAAGUCACGCUGGAGGUUGGUCGCCUUGGUGAGUAUAAACUCCGGCUGAUUGUGUAUCAUUGGUUCCUGAAAGGGCGUGAUGGCACAACCAAUAAUAGUUACUGGAGCCCGUCUCGAAAGAGGGCUAUGGAAAAUGCCAAAAACCUGAUUUCCUCAUAUCAAAACCUAUUAGCCGACCCUAAUAUCAGACGAUUCCAUUGGCACAUUCGCCGGCACUCCCAACUGCAUGGAAUGCUCCAUAUAAUCAACGAGCUAUCAACGAUAGAUACGUUGAAUCUGCCGGGUGAUAUUCAGGUUCUUUGCAAACAAGCUUGGGAAACCAUUGCCGACGUGGAGAUAGAAUACAGGGAUUCAGAAGACAAUAGCAAAGAAGAACGACUGCGGGCCUUUCUCCACAAUCUACGGGAGCAAGUGAGGCUUCGCUUAUAUACACAGAAGUUCAUCAUACUAAUUUGGCCUGACUAUAGCUCCCCUAUGAGUGGUGUCCAUGGUACAGACGUGCUAGAGUCACUGUUUGGUGGUCAACUUGCCUCGUUUGGAGUCAGUGGGAAUGCUGGCACGGAUCUUUCAUAA